ACAGUUUUUAAGUACAAGUUAACAAAAAAACACAAACCGGAAGUUUACAAUGUCUAUGACAGAGAGAAACAUUUUCGAUGUUUGUAUAAUCGGAGCAGGAGUGAGUGGUCUCUAUGCAGCCAGGUGUUUAACACAGAGAGGGUUGAAGGUCAUUGUGUUGGAGGCCAGAGACAGGGUUGGAGGGAGGCUCUACACCAAAAUAACAGAGGAACAUGGGCCUGUGGAUUUAGGAGGAGCCUACAUUGGUCCCCAUCAGGACAGAAUUAUCAAGCUUGCUGAGGAACUGGAGAUAGACACCUACCAUGUGUUUCACAAGGGAAAGAAUGUUCUUGAUCUGUCAACACAUGGAACCAUUCACUACCGUGGAAUGAUCCCACCAUUCUGGAGUCCUUUCAGACUUCUUGAUUUGAACCACAUCAUAAGGACAAUUGACUAUAUGGCACAAGAGGUACCAAUUCAUACUCCUUGGACAGCCAAAAAAGCAGUGGAAUGGGACAGCAUCACAGCUCAGGAGUUUAUAGACAGAAACUGCUGGUCAAAAUGUGUGGCUAGCAUGGUUAAGGUUUUUAUCCAGUCUAUCAUGUGUGCUGAGCCCCAUGAGGUGUCUCUGCUAUCCCUGUUAUGGUAUGUGCACAGCGGAGGGGGCGUGGAGAUCAUGUCAGAGGUCAAGAGGGGAGCUCAGGAACAGAAGUUUGUAGGUGGAUCCCAGCAGGUGUGUCUAAAGAUGGCAGCAGAACUGGGGAGUAGGGUUCAUCUGAACUCAGCUGUCGUCAAAAUCCAGCAAGACGAGAACCAGGAUGUCUUAAUGGAGGAUAUCAAGGGGAAAAAAUAUCAGGCUAGAUAUGUUAUAUCAGCAGUGCCAUUAACAAUUCUGAAUAAAAUACACUUCACCCCUGCAUUGCCUGAUCUUAAGCAGCAACUGAUUCAGCGAAUGCCAAUGGGGUCUAUAAUAAAGACUGUUAUGUAUUACAAGACUGCAUUCUGGAGGGAUCUGGAUUUUAAUGGGAUAGCUGUCAGUGACAAUGGUCCUAUAGUUGUUUCAUUGGACGACACCAAACCGGAUGGAAGUUCACCUGGAAUUAUGGGAUUCCUAUUAGCCAAUCAGGCUCGAGAAUUGUGUGCCCUGACAAAAGAAGAAAGGAGAAGAGCCAUUUGUAAGCACUAUGCUACAGUUUUCAAAAAUCAGGAAUUUCUUAAGUCCAUUGGUUAUGAAGAGCAGAACUGGAUGCAGGAAGAAUUCUCAGGUGGCUGCUACUCAGCUGUGAUGCCACCUGGUGUUUUGUCUGUAUAUGGGAGAGUGAUGAGGGAACCAUUUGGAAAGGUUCAUUUUGCUGGGACAGAAACUGCUACAAGGUGGUCAGGAUACAUGGAUGGAGCCAUUCAGUCUGGUGAAAGGGCAGUCAAGGAGGUCUUAGAGAGACUCCAAUACCCAACUGAUGGUCUGUAUGAGGAUGAAGAUGUUGGCCCUAUCUUUGGCCCCCUGGGUCUAAGCUACUUUUUGCCCUCUGUUUCUUCGUUUCUGCGGGUCUGUGCAGCUGUCGUUUGCUAUGGAAUUCUGUGGUACACACGACCUUACUUUACGGGCUGGAGAGGGGCAUUCACACGGAGGUUCCUGGAUGUGUACAUCUAAAAGUUUUUUCUCAAAACAAUUUUUAUUAUUUUAAAAUUUGUAAAUAUAUUUAUAAUUAAUUAUGUAGUAAACAUUACAUUUCAUAUCAAUUUUCUCAUGAAAUCAAUUUAGUAUUAUCUACAUUUAUAUGUGAAGAAUUUUUUUUCCCGAACUUCUCAUUGUGCAAGUAUGUAAGUAUUAAAAUGAUUAAUCUACUCUCAGCUGUAAAUAUAAUUAACCUACAACUAUUUCCAUAAUGGUCUUCACACUAUGUCAGUUAUCUUUACAGAUAACCUUGUCUGACUCAUGGCAGGGUUGUCUCCCCAUGGUAAACUAUGCCAUAGGCCAAAGAUUGCAAAUUUAUAUAUGGCUUAAUUUUUUUUAUGUGUAAAAGUUGUUUAUGUUUUUACAAGUAUUAUUAUUAUUUAUUUAU